CAGCCCAGCUCCGCGAAGGCUCUCGGCGCGCCGCGGCCCGCAGGCACCGGCACGCGCCCCCGCGCCGCCAGCAUGCCCAAGAGGAAGGUCAGCUCUGCCGAGGGGGCGGCCAAGGAGGAGCCCAAGAGGAGGUCGGCGCGCUUGUCGGCGAAGCCGGCCCCCGCGAAGGUGGAAACGAAGCCCAAGAAGGCCGCCGGGAAGGAUAAGUCAUCAGACAAGAAAGUGCCAGCAAAGGGGAAGAGAGGAGCAAAGGGAAAACAGGCCGAGGUGGCUAACCAAGAAGCUAAAGAAGACUUGCCUGCAGAAAACGGAGAAACGAAAAACGAGGAGAGUCCAGCCUCUGAUGAAGCAGAAGAGAAAGAAGCCAAGUCCGAUUAAUACCAUACACCAUGUGUUACAGUGGUCCCUGUCUCCCUUCUUGUACAAUCCAGAGGAAUAUUUUUAUCAACUAUUUUGUAAAUGCAAGUUUUUUAGUAGCUCUAGAAACAUUUUUAAGAAGGAGGGAAGCCCACCUCAUCCCAUUUUUUAAGUGUAAAUGAUUUUUUUUAAGAGGUGAAAUCAUUUGCUGGUUGUUUAUUUUUUGGUACAACCAGAAAAUAGUGGCUUAUUGAAUUCUGGGAGGCUUUGACUGUCUUGGGUGUCAGCUUAACAUUCCAUAGGUGGGGGUGGUUUUUAUAUCCUACAGUACAACGCAUACUAAAUGGCAAUUUGGAGUCUCAAUUGUGCAUUUAAUCUGUCUUGAAUAUUUUGUUACUUCUCCCGUGUUUUGUAGAAUUGUUUCCUGCAGAAAACCACUCCUUGUUCUGUCAGAACCAUGUGCACUCUGUAACAUCUUUGGUUGUGGUAGUCCAGUUUUCCUAAUGAUUUUGUUAAUGUGCCGUGAAAGAUUGAAAAUUCGAGUGUCGUGUAUAUGCUUAUUCUAUUGUGAAUGGGUGGGAUUUAUGUAACAGCAACAUUUGAAGAUACUUGUACUUGAUAGCCUCUUAAGGAAGAGUUGCCUCCAAAUUUGAAGCUGGAAAGUCACUGGAAUAACUUUUAAAAAAAAAAGGACAAUUCAUGGCUUUUUAGAUUUUUGGUACGUAUGUUAAGAAUUGUGUACAAAUUAAAAUGUGUGUGCUGAUUCUCAACACCAAUAAAAUCUCAAUUAUGGACAAAUGCUUUGAAGCACAUGG